AUGCAUCAACUGAAGAUUUUAGACCAUGAAUAUUCUUGAUUUUAUUAUUAUUAUUAUAAAUAAUUACUUAAUGGUUUAAGCUUCUAGAUCAUACACCAUAAAGUACAUUUUUCUCAGUCUUGCUCGCAGCCAUAGAUUGCUCUUGCAUCAAAUCUCUUGAAGCCAUUUGAGAGCCCAAAAAUCCUAUAAACACUAGCGGCAUGGCGGGUUUCUCGCUUCGUCUGACUUCUUCCAGCACCUGUUUAGCCUAAGUGUCUUGCCUCUAUUGAGAAGAUGCAUGAAGGAUGCGAGGUUAAUAAAGCUUAAAUUUGCUUUCAUACAGAAGUGCAUGUAUAAACCUAAACUUAUAUGAUAAGAAAAGGAAGUUCCCUUCUCUCAUCCGAAGCCAUUUAAUUUUUGUUUUCUUUUAUUAUCAAAUGGAAUUAAUUAGAGCAAUGAUACUUGUGCUUAAAUUGAGUAGGAUAAAGCUGUUUAAGCAUAGGAUAAAUAUUUUAGCUUGAAUUUUAUUAGACAAAUUUUCAAGAGUUUAUUAUCCUUUGAUUAAAUUUUUCUUCAGUUAUAUUUUAAUCAACAAUUUAUUUAUAAUUAAAAAAACAAAAAAUCUAGUUUCUAAAAUAGAACAUAAUAUUCUCUAA